UAACAAGGUCUCGACAGAUGGAGCUUGCACAAGGACAUGUGUCGUUUUGUUGCGGACAGUACCUCCACCUACCAAUCACACUUGUCCAUUGCAUGCUUCGUCGGUUCGCCCAUUCCUUCCCUCCAUAAAAGGACAAGUGGAUCCCGGCCUUUCUCUGUCUCAAUUCACAGUAUUCACACACAUAUACAGAGUGAGAGAGAGAGAGAGAGAUUGGCUUACAAGUUCAGUUGGGUUGUUACUUAUUUGUCUCAGUUAUUCGAUUUCUGCAACAUCGGGCGCAAUCAAAUUGAUCAUCAUGAAGGGUUCUUCAUCAUUUUCUUGCACGAAGCAGGGGAUGGCAUUUGUUCUGAUAAUGAUGUUAGCGUUGGCAACUUCAUGUAGUUGCAUCGGAGCCGAUGACGAAAGAGGCUACCAGGAACAAGCCAAGGAUAUGAUGGGCACUGCAGCGGGGAAGGUGGAGGAGAAAGGGAAUGAAGCCAAAGAGGCUUCGGACUCAUGGACAGAGUGGGCAAAGGACAGGAUCUCGGAGGGUCUGGGUUUGAAGAACGAAGACACCGUUAAGGAGAAUGCUAAGCAAGCAUACGAUGUCGCUGGUGACACCGCCAAGAAGAUGGCCGACAAGACUUACGACAACGCUCAUGAUGCUGGGCAGUACGGUGCAGAGAAGGCCCAAGACAUCAAAAGAACCACCGAGGAGAAAGCGGGGAAGGCGACAGAGAUGGCAUCCGAGAAGGCCAAGCAAGCGAAAGAGGCGACUUACGAGAAGGUAGGGGAUGCAGCGGAGAUGGCGACACAGAAGGCAAGGCAGGCAAAGGAGGCCACAGGGGAUCACCUGAAGUGGGCCACAGAAAAAGCCAAGGAAGGGUACGACGCGGCCAAGAACAAAGCAGGGGAGACAAUGGAGAGCACAAAGGGAGGCUACGACGCGGCUGAGAACAAGGCAGGGGAGACAAUGGAAAGCACCAAGGAAGGGUACGACGCCACCAAGAAUAAGGCAAGGGAGACUAUGGAGAGCACAAAGGAAGGGUACAACGCGGCCAAGAACAAGGCAGGGGAGACGAUGGAAAGCACAAAGGACACUGUCGCCUCCAAGUACGACGAUGCCAAGCACAAAACAGAACAGAUUAAGAAAAACCUUGCUGGUAAUAAUCCACUAGACCAAGAACUUUGAAGGAAAGCUCCUGCUCCACUCCUCAGAGUCAGAAAUCGCUCUUUUGUCAAUGUACUGCAACAAAAUACUGGAUCUCCUGCGCUCUGUCUGAUUCCAAAUUCUAUCUGUAGUUUUUGAUUUUCUGUUUUUUUUUUUAACUUCUCAAAAUAGUUUAUCUUGCGAACCCUGCAAACUACCAGAUCCUUGAGCUAGCAGAGCAGUUCUCUUCCACAUGAAGGAAUGAAUGAAUGAAUGAAUGAAACUAAGUCUUAAAUUUGAAAAUUCGAAUCUGGGUUUUCCUUA